GUAUUGGCCUCUCCUUGUUCACUAUACCCGCGGCUUGCACUCUAGAGACGGAGACCAUCACGGCCUGCGAGUGUUGUCACAUUGCAGUCAGUUUUCCUCAUCCCGAUCUUUUCUAGCCAUGCCCACCCCGUCCUCUUCCGCGCCUUCUUCCUCAUCGCAAUCAUGGACCUCCUCCCUCCUCACCCUGCCAACAACGCAGCAGGGUCGUCUGAUCAUCACCUCUCUCGCAUCCAUCACUCUCACUGCCGCCUCCAUCUUCUCCUAUCAAGCAGCUGUGCGACUACAACGGCGGCGGGACUUGGCAAAGCGUGUGGAUAAAGCUACCCACCGCGAUCGGGAUGCGGAGAAGAGGCUGCUCGCACGUCAGACUGCCGAGGACCUGGAUGAUGGGAAGGAGCCAGUUGACGGAGGCACGCCUCGCUAUCUGGAGCACUUGACUCACCUUGCUCCGGGAAAGCCCGGCUCAUCAGUAGCAGGAUUUCGCGGAUCAAGACUGCGGAGACAAGCAUCGUACCAGUCCAACACCUCCAGUCACUCCAUCAAGCCAACGCUGCAGCCUUUGCCUUCUACAUACGAUGACUCACUGAUACGGGAGCAGCUAUCUCGUAACUACUCCUUCCUGGGGGACGAAGCCAUGGCCAAGCUGCGAGAGGCAUUCGUUGUCGUGGUAGGACUGGGAGGAGUAGGUUCACACGUAGCCCUCUCCCUCAUUCGUUCAGGCAUCGGACACGUCAGACUCAUCGACUUCGAUCAGGUCUCGCUUUCAUCGCUCAAUAGACAUGCUGUGGCCUCUUUGGAGGAUGUAGGACGGCCCAAGGUGACCAUCUGUCAAGAACACUUUGCAGGCAUCUCGCCCUGGGUGCAUAUCCAGGCUUGGGUGGACGUCUUCAACGAAAGUGAUGCCCCUCGGCUCUUCUCUCCCUUCCGCCUUCCCGCUUCGAGCUCCUCUGGCGGGGCCGCAAGGGAGAUACCCGUUACGUACGUCAUCGAUUGCAUUGACAACCUCUCGACGAAGGUGGGUCUGCUCGCCUACUGUCAUGAGAAUAACAUCAAGGUCUUCUCCAGCAUGGGCGCGGGAGCCAAGUGCGACCCGACGAGGAUAUGCAUUGGGGACUUGAGUGCGACAGAGGAAGACCCACUGGCAAAGAGUGUGAGGAGGAGAUUGAGGGAGAGGGGUAUUCCCAAGAUCGAUGAAGCCAAGCAAGCUGGUCCUUCCUCGGAGACCAACGAUGGCAAGCAGGGCGGAAAGGGUGCGGUCAAGCAGCAGAAGACGAAGGCCAACAAAAAGGCCGGCGCAUCUCAGGCGAAGGACAAGACGCUACAAAGGGAGUCGUCUUUGGAAAAGGAGAAGACGAAGGCUCCCGUGAAGCCAAGUGAGAUUCCCUUCAGGCCAGCUCCUACUCCCUCGCCAAUCUCGAUACCUGAUAGAAGGAGCUUUUCGGGCAAGCGUUUGUCCAGAGCCUCUUCUGCCUCGUCCUUUGGGUCGGGCGGCGGAGCCUUCUACACACCAGAGGGUACACCGAAAGACGAAGAAGAGAUGUACACCUUGGAUGACGAGUCGCCAGAUGACCGCGCAGGUGAAGGCCAGAGCGGUAUUGCGCCCUCACUGAAGCUCCCCGAAGUGGCUGUGGACGACUCUUCCGAGAUGGACCAGACGGUUGUCCCUCUGCAAUCCCCUACACCAGAGCCAUCGCGACCGGCCGCCUUCUCUUCGCCACUUUUACUGCGCCCUGCAAACCAACACCGCGCUUCUUCUGGACUGCAGAGCCUUUCUGCUAGCCCAAUGGAAGAGAACGGGAGGGGCCAAAGUGAGGGAUUCCCAGGCCUGACUCCGCAAGAGGGCGCAGAAGAGGAAGCACGCGUCCCGGCUGUCGAGGAAGGAGAGACGGACGGUGAGGGCAAAGGUAUCGCGGCCAAUGCCACAAGCCUUGCCGUACCGGACAAGGCCAGCGAAGAGGCCAUCCAAGCGGAGCACGAGGAGCGGCAAGAGGAGCAGGCAAAGCGAGCAAAGGAGCUAGAAAAGGCGCAAGAUCACGAGGCCAACCGAGUUCUUCAAGCAACCGUCGUCCCUGACUCUCCUCUCGCCCCCUCCAAUCCCCGCUACCUCAUCCCCUGCAUCUUCUCCACCGAAAAGCCUCCUGCCCAACUUCUGCCUCUCCCCGAAGCCGAAUUUCAGAAGGAGGGAGGGGUAGAGAUGCUCCGCGCCCUCGAGGACGGGAACGAAUGGCGCGUGAGGGUGCUCCCAGUGCUGGGACCCCUGCCGGCCAUCUUUGGACUGAGCAUUGCCAGUUGGAUCAUCUGCGAUAUUGCUGGCGGCAAGGGCGUGGGUGGAGUGGAGUUGAUGCAGCCGAUGGAGAGUCGAGUGAGGAAGAAGGCAUUUGACAAGAUCCAGCGAGAGCUCGAAAACCUGGAGCGUCUCUACCCAUCUUCAUCCGCCUCCACUUCCGGCCCAUCCAACAAGCCUCAACCCCCUUCAUCAGUCACAAGCAGCUCCGCCAUCAGCAACCGUCCAGGUCGCGGCAGUCCUUUCCUUCUAGACGACGUCCUCUACCUCGUCCAUGAAGUCUUCCACUCACGAUCCAUUGUCCCACCUCACGCUACCAUCUCUUCACACAAUGGACUCCUCGUGAGGUGGGACUCGACUUUGCCCUUGGGGUAUGGGAAUGUGGCGCUCUUGACCAAGGAGGAGGGGAAGAGACAUGCGAAUGAGGUGCUCAAGAGGGGGAGGAGCCCCGUAGAGGUUUGGGGUGAGGAGGCGGCGGAUGUUUGGAGGAGGAGAAUGGAGGAGGAGAGGUGGUAUGCGAGAUUGAGGUGAGGAGAAAGGACAGGAGAAGUGGGAUCGAGCCAUACAGCUCUAGCUUCAGCGCGCGACAGUCACAGCUGAGCGAAUCCAGAUGUGAUGAGCGCAGAUGAUGAAAACGAGAUUUGUGGACAUUGUUGUAGAAUCAUUUGCAUCGUUCCGCUAUAUUCACAACUCAACUCAAUACCACGCCGCCGCCU